UUGUGAAUGUGUUGUGAAGAUGUGUAUUCAUCAUGAUGGUUCUUUUAUUUCCUGACAGCAGACACAUCACAGGUCUCUCCUCUCAGUGUAGCUGGUGAUAAAAUGUGAUUUAAUUGUGUUAAACUGCUCAGUUUGACAGAUUCAUUGUUGUCCUGAUGAUUCUUUUGACUCUUUUAUCAGUUUAGAAAUCAUAAAGACAAGAGUCUGUCUAUAAAGAAGAGAAAUGUUUUUACUCUCACUAGGAGAUAAAACUGUGAAUGUUGAAGCUACUGAAUGGAACUAAAACAUGUGGCAGUCAUCACACUUCUUUAAUCAUUUGACAGAGAAUAAACCAUUGCUUCAUGGUAACAAUGGUGAAGUCCAAGUAUUAACCACUCUAGACCACAUCAAUGAAACAGAGACUUCAGAUCCACCUGCUAAACCACCACGACGUACUUCUCUCUCAGAUCCCAGUGAUCAACCUGAGAAUCCAUCAGCAAAAACUGGAGAGGAAGAAUCUUCUGCUGAUUCACAAUCACCUGCUUCUCAUCUAAAUGCCAGUGAUCAGUCUGGCACUAAAUCAGAGACAGAAGAGGAACAAGAAACUGCUGCUGAACAACAACAGUCUGGUUCUCCCUCCGUUGUCAGUGAUCAUCAUGAGAAUAAACCAUUGCUUCAUGGUAACAACGGUGAAGUCCAAGUAUUAACCACUCUAGACCACAUCAAUGAAACAGAACCUUCAUAUCCACCUGCUGGACCAGGGCGUACUUCUCUCUCAGAUCCCAGUGAUCAACCUGUCACCACAUCAGAGACAUCAGUCGACCAAGCAGCUUCUACUGAUCCACCACCUCCUCUUCUUUCACGUAUCAGUGGGAUUUUUUAUGACCAUCUUAAAGCUGCUUUUGGACCAAUUGUGACACAACAAAUAAACAAAUAAAUAAAUAAAUAUAUGACAUAAAUGCUGCGCCAUUUCAGUUCAGACUACCUGGCUGUGAAGAGCAAGACCUGAACAAUCGAUCCUGCAUUCACCGAUCAACCAGCAGGAGAAAAGUGAAUCUGAACGACAUGCUGAAGUGCACACAUCAAUAAAUAAAUAAUAAAUCCAUAAAUGAGCAGCAUUUAUGGCACAUAUUUCGUAUUUAUUCAUUUAUUGUUGUGUCCUCCAUGUAGACCUGACUUAGAAAUGGAAUUAAGUUCCUCUCUCUUGAAAUUUGAAAAAUCUGUAUGCGUGUUUUUUUGUUUUGCUGUGUGACAGCGUCUGUGUGGUUCAGCUGAACUAUAGAAGUUUGACUAAAGAGAAUUCAGACACAGACAUGCAACACAAAAAUGACACUAUCAUCAUUCACAGUGAAUUGUUGUAGCUUGUGCCUGUAAACUGUUGUGUAUGAAAGUAUCUUUCAUAAUAAAAUGCUGAACUAUG